AUGCAAACUCCCAAUACAAAGGCGGUCAUCCCAGGAUAUUGGGAGGGCUGUGAAUAUGUCACCACGUUGCCACCGACCCCCGAGGGGAAGUUCAAGGCAGAGCGCAAUUGCACGGGCCUGAUGGAAGUACGUAAGAAGAACCCCCUUUCGUACAAGGUGACUGGCAUGAAGGCACACUACGGUCGUGCCGAUAUCAAGAAGGCCCUCGUCGAGCUCGACAAGACGCUCAGCCUCGGCAUUCAGAUCGCCUUUGCCUCGUGGUUCCAGCCGUGUGACAAGCGGUACCAUUGUGACCCAAAAAACCCAACCGUCGUCGAUCACACCGGAACCUUGGUUGCGACUCAGUGUGUGCCCUGCCCAACAGAGAGGGUCUUUGCCACGGUCGAUUGCUGCGUCUUUGCGCAAAAGGCCAUGGUCUCGAUGCAAGGCGAGUGGUACAUGCAGGCGACGGAGCCGCUCAUCACAGAGGGCGGUCACGCCGUCUCGAUUGUCGGCUACAACGAUCACUACCGCGAUGAACACGGGAGCACAGGUGGAUUCAUCCUCCGCAACAGCUGGAAGGACGGGCUUGGUACCUCGCACGGCCUCAAGGCGCGAGGGAGUCACACGGCCGCAUACUACGCGCAGCUCCUCUCGCCGGCGGACGAGUCGCAGUUUUGUCCCAAUCCCAACAGCCCGCGCAACUGGAACGCCUGCGGCGACGUCAAAGCUUGCAAGAGCAAGAUGACAGAGAUGACCGUUGCGGUGGCGACCGACGGCACCGUCGUCACCCUGAAAUGCCAGGACGGCGGCAACGCAAUCCCCAAGGGCAACUGCGACCCCAGCAAGGAUUACUACCUGGUCAACAAGACGGGCUGGGACCAGCAGGGGCUGUACACCACCUGCUACGUCUACGACAAAGGGAAUGAGACCGACGCCUUCAUGUGCCUCCCGCCGCUGACGCUCGACGACGUCGCCACCGUCUUUGUGCCCAAGGAGCUCCCACACAUCAACGACCCCGAGAUGUGCGGCUUCAACUUCAUCUCCUACGACACCUUUGAGAAGAUCGGAGCCACUCUGGGCAUCUCCACCGUCUCAAGUUUCGACGUGGAGUGGACAAAGUGUUCGUACCUCGUCAAUGAGGAGCAAUGCCCGAAUUACGACUACUCCUAUCUGAAGAAGGCCAUGAUGCCACUCAAGGUGCCCUAUGAGAAGCCGACUGUCUGGUACACGCCGAACGAGUGA